AAUUCCUGACCUCAGGUGAUCCGCCCACCUCGGCUUCCCAAAUUGCUGGGAAUACAGGCGUGAGCUACCGCACCCAGCCAAGGACCUGGGCCAUUUAAGUGGAGUCCUGAAGGAUGAGUAGGUGUUAGCCAGGCUGAGAAGGAGGGAAUGAUGCUGUAGGCACAGACGCACAGAGGCAGGCAAAGUCACAGGCUGUUGGUUUAGACAAAAAUUGAGACUCGCUGGAUAAAGUGAUCUUAGGGGACCAUCACCAGAGAGGAGACACUGGAGGUCUGCAAGGCCUUGUCCUGCCCCUCCAGGGCUACAGGUUCAAGGAGGGGCUGACUCUUUCUCCUGGAGGCCUCGCAGAACCACAGACCCCAAGGAUGGCUUGGUGUGGCCAAUGUGAGGCUUCUAAGCCUCUGUCUAGCUCUGUGGGGAGACAGGUUGGUGGGGAGAAGCUGGGGGUGGCAGUGGACAGGACAGAGUGUGGGGACAGCUUUGGGAGCCAUGCUAGGCAAGGACAAGGGACAACUCUUGUGGGGAGUCACCCAGGGGGGUCUUCAAUGGUGCUGAAAGCCCCUGACAGCCCUCCUGCGAUAGCCACUGUAGCUCUGCCUGUACCUGGGCCUUCGCUCUGUUGUUGUCCCACCUGCAGGAGUCUGCCUAAAGGGGCAUCCCUCAGCCCUACUCCCUCAUCAGUGUUCCCAGUACCCUCUCCCUGGCACUUCCACUCCUGGGGGGAGGAGGCUGAGCAGGGAGAGAAUGGAACGUGUUCCCCCAGAGGAGCACAGUUCCAGCCAGCGGCCCACUCAGUGAGAUGCUCAGGUACCCACGUCCCCCGCCAGCUGCCAGGGUUCCCUCUCCUUCCUCCGUCCCUCCUCCCAUCUGGGAAGCCCAGCAGUACUGCGGGGGCGGAACAAGGCGGGGCCACGAACGGUUAUAGCUGGGCUCGCAAGGGGACCCACGGCUUGCCUCCAGCCUCCUGCGCUUUGGUACCUGGUCCCGACUCCACUGCGCGCCCAAACCCAGCUGAGCCGGUUCGUCGCCCGCCCCGCCGGGCGGCCGUCGACGCGAGCACCCUGGCGCGGGGCCCUGGGAAGCGGGGGGCUCCCGCGAGCCGGCCGCGGCUGGCACUGUCGCUGCUCCUGUUCCUGUUGCCGCUGCCCGCCGGAGCGUGGUACAAGCAAGUGGCGAGUCCCCGCUACCACACGGUGGGCCGCGCCGCUGGCCUGCUCAUGGGGCUGCGCCGCUCACCCUAUAUGUGGCGCCGCGCGCUGCGCGCGGCCGCCGGCCCCCUGACCGGGGACAACCUCUCCCCCGGACCCGCCGCCCGCGAGGCUCCUCUCCUGCUGCCCUCGUGGGUUCAGGAGCUGUGGGAGACGCGACGCAGGAGCUCCGAGGCAGGGAUCCCUGUCCGUGCGCCCCGGAGCCCGCGCGCCCCGGAGCCUGCGCUCAAACCGGUGUCCCUGGACUUCAGCGGAGCCGGCCAGCGACUUCCGAGAGACGUCUCCCGCCCCGCCGUGGUCCCCGCAGCAAACCGCCUUGGCCGGCCCCGCCUGGUCCCCAGACCGUCCUGACAGCGUUCCCCCGCCUGCGGCGCCUCCGCGUCUGACCCAGGAGGAGUCGCCGCAGCUUCCAGGAGCCGCUCACUGCCCCGGCCUGCCGUCCGGUCAAUAAAAUCCGCCUGACUCCUGCGCCCCCGCGAGCGA